UACAGUGUGUUUGCUCAACACAAUUCAACUCACUCAAAACCCUAAAACACACACAAACAAAACAAUCAAAAUGAAGAAACCUUCAGUGACCCCUUUUCUCAUCACUCUCCUGUUGGCUGCAGCUGUCUGCACCCACGGCAAAGAAGAGGUGAAGGACUCCAACGGAAAUCCAGUUAAGAUCGGUGCAAAAUACUUCAUCCAGCCGGCUAAGAGCAACGGCGGUGGUCUUGUUCCAGCCGCCAUUAGCGUACUUCCGUUUUGUCCACUUGGCAUCACCCAAACACUUCUUCCGUACCAACCGGGCCUGCCGGUUAGCUUCGGAUAUUAUCCACCUUUCGUCGGCACAGACUACAUUGUCACAUCUACCACUAUAAACGUCAAGUUCGAGUCCGACAUCUGGCCUGUAUGCAACGAGUUUUCCAAGUUAUGGGCAGUCGAUGUUUCCUCAUCCGCUGCCAAGGAGCCUGCCAUUAUCAUCGGUGGUGAACGUACGGCCCCAAAUAGCUUGUUUAAGAUAGAAGAAGCUACAGGAGCACACACUUACAAGUUGACCACCUCGUCUGGAACCGUUGGAACCAUCCCAGGGGCUUGGUUAAGUGCACCACAGCUACUUGUCACCAAUGAUGAGGCUAAGACCUUAUUCGUCAAGUUCGUGAAGGUUGAUGAUGAUGCUACUAAGGCUACUGCUACUACUACUUCUCGUGUUGAGAAGUUAGGUCUAAGGAUGUUCCCAUUCUACUAGUCAAGAUCAUGUAAUGUAAAAAGCCUGAGACUCGUCCAUGGCCAAAAAUAAUGGGUUGAGAUAAUUCCCGCACGUAUGCAUGUGAACUCGUCUUUACUUUCAUAUUAAAUCAAAUAAGUUUGUGUUUCCGGCGCUU